GGGUGAUCUUAGUAACCAUUCCAAAACCUGCACGUUUGGCGUUAACUAAUCGAAUUGCUCAUGCCAUCAUAUACCCGAUGUCCUCUAUCUCUCCGGGGAAAUUUUCCUACACGCCUGAUUGAACCGUUGCUCUAUUAGGGAGAUUCUCAAAAUGCCAAGUGUCAGGAAAGCCUCCAGGAAGGCCUCAGAGCCAAAAGCGUCCGAUAAAAUGGCACCAUCUUCAUCCCAGGUCAAAAAAAUAGCUGGCAAAAAAUCCCAAGUCAAUUUCAGCGAUACACUUUUUUACCGUCCAAAAAAGGUCUCCACAGUCGGCAUUCGCGUACCUAGACAACGUGACUUGACACAUUUCGUGAGAUGGCCGCGAUACAUCCGUAUUCAGCGCCAGCGCAAUAUUCUGAUGAAGCGUAUGAAGGUGCCGCCCGCCAUCAACCAAUUCACCCAAACUCUUCCAAAGAGCGCCGCCGUGACUCUUUUUCGCGUUUUGGACCACCACGGCCACGAAACCCCUCAGGCGAAGCGCGCUCGACUUCUGAAAGCUGCGAUGGACAAAACCGGUCAACUGUCUAACACCAAGCGCCCAUAUACCGUCAAGUGCGGGAUCCGAUUGGUCACCAAACUCAUCGAACGGAAACAGGCCAAAUUGGUCGUCAUCGCCAAUGACGUCUCUCCUAUCGAAAUCGUCCUUUGGCUCCCCACUCUAUGCAAAAAAAAAGGUAUCCCCUAUAUUAUCACUAAAGAUAAAGCAAGACUUGGACGCGUAGUAAAAAAGAAAAAAGCUGCUGUUCUUGCAUUCGUCGAAGUUCGUCCUCAAGACAAAGCAGACUUCUCCAAUCUGGUCCAAAUAGCCAAAGAAAAAUAUAACGACAUGUAUGAAAAGAUCAUGCACACCCCCGGCGGUAUGAAACUAAGCAAAAAGACUAUGCAACGCAAGGCCAAACAACAAAGACUCAAGGCUAUCGCUGCUAAGUCCGCCAAAAAAGUAACCUCCUAACUUUUCACACACAUCGUUCCUUCUGAAUGCUUAAAAAAAAAUAAACAUCCUAUUAAAAAACUCGGUAAAUUAUUAACUCUCCGUCGACUACUAUACGUCGUAAGACUCUGAAUAAGCGUAACUCAGCAGUAUCAUCCUUGCAACUUUAAAACCUCACUGUAUCAGAUAUUCCUUUGUUUACGUUUUUUUUCGAGCUCUUUCACACGCAGCUAUCAAUAAUCUUUGCCAAAAUCUCCCGCACUGAUCAUCCCUGCAAUCAAAACGGCGUAACUCUCACACGCCCCCUUAUCGCAUCGCAACUCCGCUCCCAUGUCACCUGCACAAUACGAAGGCGAUGAAGAUGUCGACGUAGCGCCACUUGACAUUUCGAGUGAGGAAAAUGACGAACGCGUACCGGACCGCAAACUCCCCAACCAAAUCAAUAUGACCGUCAUAGAAAAUUUUAAAUCCAGGGUUGACUACCAAGACAUCAAUCAAGACAAUAUAGAACUCUGGCUAUUCAAAAUACCACCUAGUCUAGACCCUCUUUCGAUGAACAGAAAAACCAUGUGCCCAAAUUCAACCAUCAAAAUCGAUGACCUUGUCUAUAACGCUCAAGAAGAAAGUUCACUAGCUACUGACUCUAUACUGAACCUCUGGCCAUGCGAAUGCCAACAAAGGUGGAUGCUGGGAAAACCAUUCAAAAAAGUCAUCCACCUAAUGCAAGCAGCGGAAAACCCCAAAAGAGUCGCCAGCUAUU